GUCGCCGGCAACAAUACAGUGAGAGAGAGAUAGAGAAAUGGCGGGAGAAAAUUCCGAUAAUGAGCCGUCGUCACCAACUUCACCUUCUUCCGCUGGAUUCAACACAGAUCAGUUACCAAUCAGUACAAGCCAAAACUCCGAGAAUUUCUCCGAUGAAGAAGCCGCCGUAGAUACCCAAAUCAUUAGAGAUGAACCUGAGGAAGCGGAUGAGGAAGAAGAAGAAGACGGAGAAGAUCUCUUCCCAGAGAAUUUCAUGGACGAUUAUCGGAAGAUGGAUGAGAAUGAUCAGUAUGAGUCUAAUGGAUUAGAUGAUUCCGUUGAUGAUGAAAGAGAUUUAGGUCAGGUUAUGCUUGACCGUCGUGCUGCUGAUGCUGUACUCGAUGCUCGAGAGACUCGAGCCGCGAAUCGCAAGCUUCCUCAUCUUCUUCAUGAUAACGAUUCAGAUGAUUGGAACUAUAGACCUUCGAAGAGGUCUCGAACUACAGUUCCACCGAGAGGUAAUGGUGGUGAUCCUGAUGGGAAUCCUCCAAGUUCGCCAGGAGGGUCACAGCCAGAUAUCUCAAUGACUGAUCAGACAGAUGAUUAUCAAGAUGAGGAUGAUAAUGAAGAUGAAGCAGAGUUUGAGAUGUAUAGGAUUCAAGGAACUUUGAGGGAAUGGGUUAUGAGAGAUGAAGUGAGACGUUUUAUCGCGAGGAAGUUCAAAGACUUUCUGCUUACGUAUGUGAAACCGAAGAAUGAGAAUGGAGAUAUUGAAUAUGUUCGUUUAAUAAACGAAAUGGUUUCAGCUAAUAAGUGUAGUUUGGAGAUUGAUUAUAAAGAAUUCAUACAUGUUCACCCGAAUAUUGCUAUCUGGCUGGCCGAUGCUCCACAACCUGUUCUUGAAGUCAUGGAGGAAGUUUCUGAAAAGGUCAUCUUUGAUCUGCAUCCAAAUUACAAGAAUAUUCACACGAAGAUAUAUGUUCGUGUUACCAAUCUACCGGUUAAUGAUCAGAUUCGGAACAUAAGGCAGAUUCAUCUUAACACCAUGAUCCGUAUUGGUGGAGUUGUCACUAGGCGUUCUGGGGUCUUUCCUCAGCUGCAGCAAGUGAAAUAUGAUUGUAACAAGUGUGGAGCAAUUUUGGGGCCUUUCUUCCAAAAUUCUUAUUCAGAAGUCAAGGUCGGUUCUUGUUCUGAGUGCCAGUCGAAAGGACCGUUUACUGUUAAUGUCGAACAGACCAUAUACAGGAACUAUCAGAAGCUUACAAUCCAAGAGAGUCCAGGAACAGUGCCUGCUGGACGACUUCCAAGACACAAGGAAGUUAUCCUGUUGAAUGACCUUAUUGAUUGCGCUCGUCCUGGAGAAGAAAUUGAGGUUACUGGCAUAUAUACCAACAAUUUUGACCUAUCUUUGAACACAAAGAAUGGGUUUCCUGUCUUUGCCACUGUGGUGGAAGCUAACUAUGUUACAAAGAAGCAAGACCUUUUCUCUGCAUACAAGCUAACUCAGGAAGACAAGACACAAAUCGAAGAGCUAUCCAAGGACCCACGUAUAGUUGAACGUAUCAUUAAGUCAAUUGCUCCAUCAAUAUAUGGCCACGAAGAUAUCAAAACAGCUCUUGCUCUUGCUAUGUUUGGAGGUCAAGAGAAAAACAUUAAAGGGAAACACAGAUUGCGUGGAGAUAUUAAUGUACUUCUACUAGGUGAUCCAGGAACAGCAAAAUCACAAUUUCUGAAGUAUGUUGAAAAAACUGGUCAAAGAGCUGUGUACACGACUGGAAAGGGAGCUUCUGCUGUUGGUCUAACUGCAGCAGUACACAAGGAUCCAGUUACAAGGGAGUGGACGCUUGAAGGAGGGGCUCUUGUACUUGCUGACCGAGGAAUUUGUCUUAUCGAUGAGUUUGACAAGAUGAAUGACCAGGACAGGGUGAGUAUCCAUGAAGCCAUGGAACAACAGAGUAUUAGUAUAUCGAAGGCAGGAAUAGUUACUUCUCUUCAAGCUCGUUGCUCUGUAAUUGCCGCAGCUAAUCCAGUUGGUGGAAGGUACGAUUCAUCGAAAUCAUUUGCACAAAAUGUCGAGUUGACAGAUCCAAUCCUUUCUCGUUUUGAUAUCUUGUGUGUUGUCAAGGAUGUGGUUGACCCAGUUACAGAUGAAAUGCUUGCUGAAUUUGUUGUCAAUAGCCACUUCAAGUCACAACCCAAAGGUGGUAAGAUGGAAGAUAGCGAGCCUGAAGAUGGCAUUCAGGGAUCUAGCGGUUCUACUGAUCCCGAGGUUCUUCCCCAGAACCUGCUGAAGAAAUACUUAACAUACUCGAAGUUGUAUGUAUUCCCAAAACUGGGUGAACUAGAUGCCAAGAAGUUAGAGACUGUUUACGCUAAUCUAAGACGAGAAUCAAUGAACGGACAAGGAGUUUCUAUCGCGACAAGACACCUCGAGUCUAUGAUCCGAAUGUCUGAAGCACAUGCUAGGAUGCAUCUUAGGCAGUAUGUAACAGAGGAGGAUGUUAAUAUGGCCAUUCGAGUCCUCCUUGACUCUUUCAUAUCGACCCAGAAAUUUGGAGUCCAGAGAACUCUAAGAGAGAGUUUCAAACGAUACAUUACCUAUAAAAAGGACUUCAACUCAUUGCUGCUCGUUCUUCUCAAAGAGCUCGUUAAGAAUGCCUUGAAGUUUGAAGAAAUCAUUUCGGGAUCAAACUCAGGACUACCUACGAUCGAGGUUAAGAUAGAGGAACUGCAGACAAAGGCCAAGGAAUACGACAUCGCAGAUCUACGGCCAUUCUUUUCAAGCACAGAUUUUUCCAAAGCUCAUUUUGAGUUGGACCAUGUUCGAGGAAUGAUCAGCCAAGACACAUCUGUCGACCCUACUGACUCGUGUGUGUUCGUCGAGAAUUAUUUGUUUUUGCAAUUCGUCGGAGUUUGGCUCGUUAAAGUUCGAUUAGGUUUCAGAAACUUAGUGAAACCUCCGUUUGGUGAGACUUCGUCGUCGUCCUCGAUACUCUCUGAUUCCUCAUCGGACUUGAUGGCGAAUAAUCCUCCGCAGUCUUCUGGUGCCCAGUUUCGGCCGAUGGCUCCUGGGCAGCAGGGUCAGCAUUUUGUUCCUGCAGCUUCACAACCUUUUCACCCUUAUGGACAUGUACCUCCAAAUGUUCAAAGUCAGCCUCCACAGUAUUCUCAGCCGAUACAGCAGCAGCAGCUCUUUCCAGUGAGACCAGGUCAGCCUGUGCAUAUUACAUCAUCCUCACAGGCUGUAUCAGUUCCGUAUAUUCAAACGAACAAGAUUCUCACUUCUGGAUCUACUCAACCACAGCCAAAUGCACCUCAAAUGACGGGCUUUGCUACAUCUGGACCUCCAUUUUCUUCUCCAUAUACUUUUGUACCAUCAUCUUAUCCUCAGCAACAACCAACAUCCUUGGUCCAACCAAAUUCUCAGAUGCAUGUAGCCGGCGUCCCUCCAGCAGCAAACACUUGGCCUGUUCCUGUAAAUCAAAGUACCUCACUUGUUUCUCCUGUGCAGCAGACUGGGCAACAAACACCAGUCGCAGUUUCCACAGACCCAGGAAACUUGACUCCGCAAUCUGCAUCUGACUGGCAGGAGCAUACAUCUGUUGAUGGGAGAAAGUAUUAUUAUAACAAGCGGACGAAACAAUCAAAUUGGGAAAAACCUCUUGAACUGAUGACACCACUUGAGAGGGCUGAUGCAUCCACUGUAUGGAAGGAAUUUACAACACCUGAAGGAAAGAAAUAUUAUUAUAACAAGGUUACAAAGGAGUCUAAGUGGACAAUUCCGGAAGAUUUAAAGUUAGCUCGGGAACAAGCCCAACUAGCUAGUGAAAAAACGUCCCUUUCAGAAGCUGGAUCUACCCCUCUGUCCCACCAUGCUGCAUCCUCGUCUGAUCUAGCGGUUAGCACUGGGACUUCUGUUGUUCCCAGCACAUCUUCAGCACUUCCUGGACAUUCUUCAAGCCCUAUUCAAGCGGGUUUGGCUGUACCUGUCACUCGUCCUCCCUCUGUUGCUCCUGUUACUCCAACAUCUGCUGCAAUUAGUGAUACUGAGGCUUCUGCAAUAAAAGCCGAUAAUUUACCGUCUCGGGGGGCAGAUGAUUUAAAUGAUGGAGCUACAGCACAAAACAAUGAGGCUGAGAAUAAGGAAAUGUCUGUGAAUGGAAAAGCCAAUUUGUCACCUGCUGGUGACAAAGCAAAUGUCGAGGAACCUAUGGUAUAUGCUACUAAGCAGGAGGCCAAAGCUGCUUUCAAGUCUCUUUUGGAAUCUGUAAAUGUUCAUUCCGACUGGACAUGGGAACAGACAUUGAAAGAGAUUGUUCACGAUAAAAGAUAUGGUGCUUUGAGAACACUCGGUGAGCGGAAACAAGCGUUUAACGAGUAUCUUGGUCAAAGGAAAAAAGUGGAAGCUGAGGAAAGACGAAGGAGGCAGAAGAAAGCUAGGGAAGAAUUUGUCAAGAUGCUAGAGGAGUGUGAAGAACUUUCAUCAUCCAUGAAAUGGAGCAAAGCAAUGAGUUUGUUUGAAAAUGAUGAGCGCUUUAAAGCUGUUGAUCGUCCUAGGGAUCGUGAAGAUCUUUUUGACAAUUACAUUGUGGAACUUGAGAGGAAGGAAAGAGAAAAGGCAGCGGAGGAACAUCGGCAGCAUAUGGCUGAGUAUCGGAAGUUUCUUGAAACCUGUGACUAUAUCAAAGCUGGUACACAAUGGCGCAAAAUUCAAGAGAGACUGGAGGAUGACGAAAGAUGCUCAUGUCUCGAAAAGAUAGAUCGUCUGAUUGGUUUUGAGGAAUACAUGCUUGACUUAGAGAAGGAAGAGGAGGAGCAGAAGAGAGUAGAGAAAGAACAUGUAAGGCGGGCCGAGAGAAAAAACCGUGAUGCACUUCGUACACUUUUGGAAGAACAUGUUGCUGCUGGCAUCCUUACAGCCAAGACAUACUGGUUGGAUUAUUGCGUUGAGUUAAAAGACUUGCCCCAAUACCAAGCUGUUGCAUCUAAUACGUCUGGCUCAACUCCGAAAGACUUGUUUGAAGAUAUCACAGAAGAAUUAGAGAAACAGUAUCAUGAGGACAAGAGUUACGUAAAGGAUGCUAUGAAGUCAAGGAAGAUUUCCAUGGUCUCCUCGUGGCUGUUUGAAGAUUUUAAAUCUGCUAUUUCAGAAGAUCUCAGUUCUCAACCGAUAUCAGAUAUAAAUUUAAAGCUUAUAUAUGAUGACUUGGUUGGGAGAGCGAAGGAAAAAGAAGAAAAAGAGGCCAGAAAGCUUCAGCGUCUGGCUGAAGAAUUUACCAAUCUGUUGCACACUUUCAAGGAAAUAACCGCAGCUUCGAAUUGGGAAGAUAGCAAACAACUAUUAGAAGAAAGUCAAGAGUACAGAUCGAUUGGAGAUGAAAGUGUUAGCCGAGGGUUAUUUGAGGAAUACAUAACAAGUUUACAAGAAAAGGCAAAGGAGAAGGAGCGUAAGCGUGAUGAGGAAAAGGUUAGAAAAGAGAAGGAAAGGGACGAGAAAGAGAAACGGAAAGACAAGGAUAAGGAGAGAAGGGAAAAGGAAAGAGAACGUGAAAAAGAGAAGGGAAAAGAGAGGAGUAAACGGGAAGAAUCAGAUGGUGAGACUGCUAUGGAUGUGAGCGAAGGUCACAAAGACGAGAAAAGAAAGGGAAAAGAUCGUGACAGAAAACAUCGGAGACGGCAUCACAAUUCUGAUGAAGAUGUCAGUUCUGAUAGGGAUGACAGAGAUGAGUCGAAGAAGUCCUCUCGUAAACAUGGUAAUGAUCGUAAAAAAUCAAGAAAGCACGCAAACUCACCUGAAUCAGACAGUGAAAACCGGCAUAAAAGACAGAAGAAGGAACAGCGGGAAGGUAGUCGUCGAAGUGGUCAUGACGAGCUAGAGGAUGGAGAAGUUGGGGAGGAUGGUGAAAUCCGACAUUAAUCGCUGACAAGUCGUAAAAAGUAUUUGUCACAUUUUUGCUUCAUCUGGAAACCUUUCUACAUCUCAAUUACUUUCUUGAUUCAUCUUUUUACACUGUAAUGAUAUUUUUACUUUCUUUUCAGUCCUCUGUUAAUUGGAUAUAUACCGAAAUCUUUAAUUCUU